GACUAAUAUACGCUCAAAAAUAGAGCAAGACGCGCACCAACCGCUGAACAUUUUAGAAGAUUUAGUUGAAGAUGGUUGCAACUUCGUAGAUGAUUUCUUAUCACGCUUCAAUAGCACUCAGUUGGCUCCAACUACUGAAUUGGUGAAAACACCAUCAAGGAGGCAGAACUCUACUAGGCGUACUAGAGCAGCAAUAGCAGCUGCGCAGAAAUCAGCCAAGAAAAUUCAGCAAAUAAACGAAGAUGUUUUCAACGAGGAGCCAGAAAAUACAGAGCAAACAGAGCAGCCAGAAUUACCAUCAAAAUCACCUCUUAGGGCUCACAACUCACCUUCUCGUUUACCGCUAUAUACGAACCAAACGGCUAAGAAAUCGGUCAAGUUACCAGAGAACACGACCGAAAAGGCGCAUAAGUCACCUCCACCGGCUGUCAACACCUUCCACAAAGCUUUGCUAGACAUGCGUGAUGAUAACAAUGCCGAAGUAGGCAAUAACAAGCAAGACAAACAGGAGGAAGACGAGCCAGAAGAAAUUCUUGACGAACCACAAGAAGAACUCGCUGAGCCUGAAGAAAAACAAUCACCUGUCCAGCCUGAAGGAAGUGCAAGGAAACACAAACCAUCCACCGAUUUCACGGCGCCAAUUAGAGGCGAUGAAGAUGAGGAAGACACAAUCAAGAGUAAGAACAAUAGUCCACCGCGCAAAUCACUCGCAUUUGCAUCUUUACCGAGACGCUCACCAUUGAAGAAGUCGAUAUCGACGGCAAAAGAAUCAAAAGAGUCGAUGACACGCGCAAGCUGGCUAAGCCAGUCGGUCAAAGGUGGUCCAAACGUUUCAGAAUCCGAGAGGUCAUCGUCUAAACGCAAAUCUGACAGGAUCGAAGAUGAGACAUCUGAACACACUCAAUCCCGCAAAUUUAACAAGAGUUCCUCAUACGAGCAACAAGUUAAUGAGCCAAAGACACCGGCAGAUGCAUUAGCACUGAAGACAGCUGAAAUCCGCAAACGUUUGACGCAAGUCGCGGGUACCCAAAGGAAAGUAAACUUGUUUGAUUUACCGCCUAAGGAAGCUCCAAUUUCUCUGGCUUCAGAGCCAAUCGUGCAGCCGUCAGAGCAACAACCGCAAGAACAAGCGUCCUCAGUGAAUGCACAACUCGGUGACUCUACUACACCACCUAACAGUCCCCCAAAGAAACGCGUUGAAAAGAGCUGGGGUAGUGGAGUAUCUGCACACAUACCAGGUGCUUAUCCGGCUUCAGACUCUGGCCAACAGGAGCAAGACCAGGAGCAUGAAGAGCCUGAGCAAGAGGAUCAAGAAGAAGCUCCAAUGCAGACUGAGUUUGAACCAGAACCUUACCCAGAGCCAACGGAAGACAAAGAACACGAAGAUGAAGACGCUGUCGAAAGGUCCAUCCUUGAUGUACACAAGGAAAGCAGAGAUGAACCAAUGGACCUUUCAGAAAUCACACAACAGCAGAGGAAACAAGAAGAGGAGCGUCAAAAAGCCGAAAGCGAAGAUAAAAUGAAGAACAAGAGGAAACACACUAACCAAGAUAACAUGGACGAAGAUGGUAAUGAAGCUGAUGAGGAUGACCAAACCAGACCAGCUAAACAACCAAAUACCAAGCAGCAACCACAGCCUAAGCCAUCUUUGACUGUCAAGCCCUUACAAACUGCUAAUAAAUUCCGUCCACGUGCAGGCAGCACAGAUAGUGAUAAAAGAAUCAAUUUUCUAGUGUUCUUGGACCUAGUGUUACCCAAAUGGGGAAAUCACUCAACAAGAAAACAUCAGCAGUAGCUGUACCAAGUGGUAGUGUCGGUCCUGGACACCAAAGGAUGCCAUCGCAAGCAUCAAUACAGCAAGCUCAGAAAGAGGCAGCUGAAAGGGUGGCAGCUGAGAAAGAAAAAGAGAAAGAGAAAGAGCGUAAAGCAAUGUUCAGAAA